AUGCAGCCACUUGAUAUCGAUCAAGAUUCAAUCGAGGUCGACAGUUACAUGUUCCAGUCUGUUGGAGCAGAAGGCAUUCAGUACCUUGCCAAAGCAAUGAAUUUGCCUUUGUUUCAGUCAAAAAUACAAAGAAAGGCAGAAUGUUGUUCUCUCUCCUACGAAGUUACGACAAAUGAUGAAGUGGAAGAUCUGUUUGAAUUAUUGUCAGUGGUUCGGGAUAAGUUUGAUAAUAUCGGUGGCUUGGUUACUGGUGCAAUUUUAUCUAAUUACCAGCGCGAACGAAUCGAGAAUAUCUGUGAGAGGUUGUCGUGGGUUUCGCUUGCAUACCUUUGGCGAAGAGACCAGAAGGAACUUUUACUUGAUAUUGUCGGCGCUGGAAUAGCAGCAAAAAUCGUAAAGGCAUGUAUAGCCGCAUUCGGUCUAAAUAUUGAGUGUGAUUUAGGGUCAUGGAUUGCUGACUUUGUUCCCCAUGUCUUUCUUCUCGCCGAUGACCCAAGUUGUGGAUUGAAUCCUUGUGGUGAAGGGGGUGAAUUCGAAACCUUUACUUUUGAUUGUCCACUUUAUGUUAAAAGAAUCGUGCCAAUGGAACAACCGAAGGUUUUGAUUCACUCCAGUGACCCCUUUUCGACCGUCGCUUACCUGCGUUAUAAAGGCUUUCGUUUAGAAAACAAAGAGGUUUCCGACAUAAGACUCACCAAAGAAGCCUUGUUGAAAAUUGAAAAUGAGGUUUUAGUCGGUGAUAAGGUUGUCCAUAGGCGUCCCUUUAUUUCUAACCUGGAACGAUUAGCCAAGCUCAGUGACGAAGUCGCCUCAGAAAUAUCCUGCGAUAUAUCCAGCUCAAAACAUAAUGAAUUUCCCAUCGACGAUGCACUUCUCGCAGCACCCGUUAUUAAUUCGCCCGGAAUCCGUUUAUUCCAUGGUGGCCUUCUUUUGACAGCCACGUGUGUGGGUGUAUCAUAUUUGAUAUCUUUAUUAGGUGGUGCCGGCCUAAAGCCUGACCAAUUGAUUCACUACCAUGUGACAACAAACGCCGAUUUAUCAGAUCCCAAUAUAGCUACUACAAUUAGUGAGCCUCUUAAACUUCUAUUUGACACUCCGAGUGUUAGGAAGCGCCGCGUCGGAAACGCUCCACCCAGUCAAGUUUGUAUCUCAUCUCAUUGGCCUGUUGAAGCGCUGAAUCUUAUCCGCGACGUUCGGCUGUUGCCAGAAAUCACAGAAAGGGAGCUGAUCGUUGUCGGGUUAUCUGGUAUUGCUGUCGCUGGUGGGACAGAGACAACAAUCAUCGACGUAAUGCGAGUAAGAUCAUUGUCUCACUGGGCUCCUGCUGUCGUGGCACCUCACAGCCAAGCAGUGCGCGUCGGUUCACACUGUAUUUUCGCUGGACAGGUCGGUAUUAUGCCUGAAACUCUACAGUUGCCGCCCAUUUCAGUGGAAAGCCCCGUUGAUCACCUGCCCCUUCAUAUCGAUCAACAGUGUUGGCUGGCUCUUCGUCAUGUUCACAGGGUCAUGAAGGUAAGAGUAAGCCUUUCUUCAAAAAACCCACUGGUGGGAUUUCUGUAA